AUGAACAUAUCAGUAAACGGGCAGUCACAAGUCCCUCCUGGCUUUAGGUUUCACCCGACCGAGGAAGAGCUCUUGCAGUAUUACCUUCGCAAGAAAAUCUCUAACAUCAAGAUCGAUCUCGAUGUUAUUCGUGAUGUUGAUCUCAACAAGCUCGAGCCUUGGGAUAUUCAAGAGAUGUGUAAGAUUGGAACAACUCCACAAAACGAUUGGUACUUCUUUAGCCAUAAGGACAAGAAGUAUCCCACUGGAACAAGAACCAACCGAGCCACCACGGUCGGGUUUUGGAAAGCCACGGGACGUGACAAGAUCAUAUAUAGCAAUGGCGAUAGGAUCGGUAUGCGAAAAACACUUGUCUUCUACAAAGGUCGAGCACCUCAUGGUCAAAAAUCUGAUUGGAUCAUGCACGAAUAUAGACUCGAUGAGAAUGUAUUAGUCUCCUCUUCGAAUCACAACAAUGAUGACGUCACUGUAGAGACGUGUGAGAUCAUAGGUGGAGACGAAGGAUGGGUGGUGUGUCGUGUUUUCAUGAAGAAGAGUCUUUGCAAAACCAUAAUGAGCAGCCCGGCGAGAUCGGGGAAAACGUCGUCGUUCAAUGAGCAGGCUAUCGAGCAACUUCUUGAAGUCAUGGGGCAAUCUUGUAAAGAAGAGAUAAAUUUAGACCCAUUCUUGAAACUCCCUAACCUCGAGUGCCCGAACAACACCGUCGCGACGAGUUACCAGCGGUUGAUGGAGGACGACCAAGUCAACAAUUGCCACGUCAGCAAAGCUGUGGACUCCAGCUUCGUCACUAGCUGGGCCGCUUUGGAUCGGCUCGUUGCGACGCAGCUAAAUGGGCCCAACUCGUACUCAAUCCCAGCCGUCGAUGAGAUCUCACAGUCACCAUACCAUGGAUUAAACCGGUCUUGUUAUUACAAUAACGGUUUAACGCCGGAUUACUAUAUAUCGGAGAUGGAGAUUUGGAACGAUACGAUGACGUCAUCGUCCAACUCAUUGUGUCACGUAUCGAACGGUAGUGGAUAA